AUGAAGGUUGUCAGUUGUAUUCCAGUUGCUUUUAGUGAGCAAGAGGCGUCUGUGGAUGAUCUGGUAUUGUGUGAGUGUGAUCUGCGGGAGGAGAAGUUUCCGGAAAGUGAAGUAGACCUUGGGCGGCUAACGAUUCAUGAGAUAGUUGUUAGUGAGGGAAACGAAAUUCAUAGAAGACGAGAUUUUGGAUGUGGUGAUUUGCAGGUGUUCUCUGGGUCAGAGGAUGAGAAGCGAAGUUUGCAAAGAUUUGUUUGGUUCGAGCUGGUGAAGUUGCUGACAGGUCAUCGCAUUCAGGUGGACUCUUUGAACGGUAGGGUCAAAUUUACUAGGUGGGUUUGUGAUGCACCAGAGGGAAAACAGUGGAAUUUGAUUAUGGAGUUGGAAUCUGAGGGGAUAGUACGUAAGAUCGCACAGUUGGGGCUCGAGUCUGUAAGUCAUGGAGAAGUGGAUCUCUUUCAAAUGACAAACAUGUUGUUCCAGUCUUUUUGUCAGUCCAAUGAUACUGUGGGAGCUUUGAGAGCUAGAGAAUUGGAACUUGAGUCCUCGAUAGCUACUCUGACAGAGCAACGAGAAAUUCUGGAUAGAGUCCUGCUACAGAGAGAUGAAAAAACAAGAACUAUAGUAGUGAAUCUCCUGAACGAAAAGAAAAAGAGAAUUGCAAUGCUCGAACAAGAGGUGAGAAAGGAACAUUCGUCGAUGAACCUCUGCGAUAUUUCCGACUCGGAAGUUAUCAAUCAAAACGUUAAAGAUGCAGUUUCACACUUGAUAUCUCCUGGAAAGAGGAAAUAUAGAGCUACUCAAGCCGAAAAGGAUCGUAAGAAGGCCAAGAGACGGCUGUUCCCUGAGCCUAAAGUCGAGCCACAGGAUGAUUUUGAAGAUGAUUUCAAAUUCUUCGGCAUUACCAAACCCAGAGAAGAGAAUACACCUAGCAGCAGCAGUACUCCAAAGAAACCAAACGUCAAGCAAGAAUCACAAGAAGACAGAAUAACAGAGCUUGACAGUCAGCGCAGCGAUCCGAUGCGCGAUUCAAUCGAAGAUAACUCAGGAGCAGAGACAGAGACGGAUACCAUUACAGAGUAUAAACCUGUCAUCAAGGAUGAAACACCGGAACCACAUUCAGACUCAGAAUCAGACACAGAUGCGAGUCUCCAUGAGGACGAUUCUUCUUAA